GGGAUACAAAAAUAGACGAGCUGAAUCACAUCUUGUGUAGCAGAUCAGCACUUCACAACCAGAAAUUCAAAGAGCUGAAAUGGAGGAAGGUGACUACAUUUUUCCUGAUUACUCUGAUAAUGAUACCGACUGGUGUGAGGGGGUUACAAACUGCACCCCUUUUGUGCUCCCCACUGUAACGCCACUGUCCAGGAUAGGUUCCCGACACUGGAUCGCUCUGGUCUGCUACCUCAUUGUGUUCCUGUUGGGCGUCCCCGGGAAUGCUCUGGUGGUGUGGGUGACCGCGUUCCGAAUGCCAAACUCUGUGAACGCACAGUGGUUUCUGAAUCUGGCCAUCGCGGAUCUGUUGUGCUGCUUAUCGUUGCCUCUCCUCAUGGUGCCGCUCGCCCAGGACCAGCACUGGCCUUAUGGUGCUUUAGCUUGCAAAUUACUCAGUGGUUUGUUAUACAUGAUGAUGUACUGCAGCGUUCUGCUCCUGGUCGUGAUCAGCUUGGACCGUUUCCUACUGGUGACCAAACCGGUGUGGUGCCAGAACCACAGGAACACGAGGCAGGCCCGCUGCGUCUGUUUGGUCGUCUGGAUUCUCGCUCUCCUGGCUGGUUCUCCUCAGUUUGCUCACAUGGAGAUGCGUGAAGUGAGCAAGACUAAAACAUUGUGCAAUGGUAAAUACAGUGACUCAGGUCAUGCAUGGUCCGUAACUCUUACCCGCUGUUUUCUGUCUUUUCUGCUGCCUUUCCUGAUCAUCUGCAUCAGCCAUUGGAAGGUUUUCAUCACGAUGAGCUCUGGGCGAGGACAAAGAGGCAGCGACAAGUCGGCCCGGACGCUUCGUGUCAUCCUGGCAUUGGUGCUCAGCUUCUUCCUGUGCUGGAUUCCUUUGAACAUUGUGGAUAUUCUGCUGUUAACGACGCAAGGACAAUCAGAAAUCAUUACAGUCAACCUGCGUCUAGCCCAUGUGCUGACACUCUGCUUGGCUUACAUUAACAGCUGUCUGAACCCGCUGCUCUACGUAUGUCUUGGCCGCGGUUUUAAGAAAAAUCUGAUUAGCUCACUGCGGAGUGUGCUUCACUUCGCAUCCGAGGCACCACCCCAUGGAAUCAGCAUGACUGCGAGCAGUAAGUCAACUACUGACGGGUUCAGAGAGAAGCCCUUAUGAAAUCUUCGCGUGGAGAUAUGGAUCGAAAUCUUUGUCUGCAAAUACCACUCUCGGGAAAUUAUUUGUAGGCUUAAAGAAACGUUUUUCAUAAAAUGUAUGGAUCCCUAGUAGACACGCUGCACAUCAAAGAUGUACAAACUUGGUCACCAAUAUUGUUCUAUUAUAUUAGCGAUAAUCAUUUUAAACAUCCGUAACAUUCUCACUCAAUUUUUGCAAACACCAAUUCAUAGCCAGUUCCUGUCAUAGCUAAGCAGAGACAGCAGUGCACACUCGU